GAACACGACAAGACGCCCACAGACUUCCAAAUAUGGAUAUGUGAGGUAUAAAACAUCGGUUAUAGAAGACUAUCUUGUGACCGCUCCUGCUUUUCACCGCGGGGAGAACAUUCAUGGUCAUUCUGAAAAUUGCAAGGUCUCGAGCAAGACAUUGUAACAGCGGGUUCUUGUGGCAUUCCUCCCUGCAUGUGCGCUAGCUGACAGGGGUGUACCAUAAAUCUAGUCCCGUGUACAGCACCGUUUAUAUUGCGGACACUACACAGUCACACCAGACAGACUGUGGCCGCGGAGACUGGGAACGUUCGAUCACAAGGUGCAUCCCAGGUUUCCUAUCCAUCUACUAACUACACUGAUGUGGGUGUAGUAGUUUGGAUGAGUGACAAGACCUUUGAAAAGAAACAGAGACAAGAUGAGUAGUACCAAAAGGAAAGCAGAAGGGCACUCUAGGAACAUGGGCAAACUACGAACCAUGAAGUCUGGAAGCUCCAGAACAGACUCAGAGAGAGACUCUGGCUUCUCAGAUGCCAGCACCAUAGACCCGACAGAUUCUGAGGGCUCAUCGCACUCGGUGUCCAAGAGAGAGGUUCAGCGCCCUGGAUCAGUGUUGGGGGCACAGUCCUCACAGCUAGCUGUGGUGGGGGGGUCCUACUCUAACAUGCCCCCCAUGAUCAUCCAGCAGCCUCAGGUGGUCUUCUUACAACCUGUGGUCUCCCACUGCACCACCUCCAACCCCAAGGAGGCCUCCUCUAAACACCGGCGCCCAAAAAAGUUUCUUCCCAUCCUCAGGUCCUACCCCAAGAUUGCCCCUCACCCUGGGGACAGCUCGAGUUCCUCUGGGAGAGGAAGCUCUUGUUCUUCCUCCUCGGGGUCAGAGAGAGGCGGUUUGUCCUCCAGCCACCGGGAGCGCCAUCACAACCACAGAGACAAACAGCAGAAGCAGCAGUCUGGUAGUUCUAUCUCUGGUUCUUCUGGUUCCAGCACCCUCAGUCUCCCUCCUCCAACUAGCUCUCUGUCCCCCUCUCCCCAGCGCAGGCUCGCCCUCACCCUCUCCCUCACAGACUCCAGUGCCUGUAGUAGCCCUGCUAGACCCUCCCCCGCCGUCAGUAGAUCAGAGUACAACCUCGCCACGUCCUUGACCGUAACCCCUUCUCACACCCUCAACUUUGAGCACCCUGAGAAACUCAAGUCCCAGCCUCUCUCCCUCCCAAAACACGCCGGCACAACCGACAACGGCGAUGGCGAUGACCACGACAUCAAGCGUAAGCGCUUCUGCAACACGUACAACAUCCUGUCCAAGUCUGGCCUGCUGGACAUCACCCUAAGAACCAAGGACCUGCUCCGUCAGAACCGCAGAACCCAGGGAGACCUGGACCGGCUCAAGGAGCACACCAACCUCUUCCUGCAGGCCCUGCAGACCGGAGACACCAGCAUCUGGAGCAAGCUGCAAACCAGCCUCCAGGAAGAAGAGAAAGAGACCGUAGAGAAAGGGAGGGGCAGUGGGCAGCAGAGCAUCUUAAAGGCAGAUACAGAUUAGACCUGGACUAAGUAAAAGCAGGGUUUCAUCUGUUAGAUUGGGGAGAGACUGAGUUGAGGUGGGGGAGGCUGGGACUUGGGCUGACUGAGGAAGCUGGACCGGCAGUAAUGUGCCCACAAUGAUCACGCAAACAGACAGUUACUCUGACCUAGUCUCCCUGCACUGCUGCCUGGUUCAGCUACCCUAAACAAGGCCAGGCAAACUCCCUCUACACACUAGCCUGCCUGCUUUUCCCUAAACCAGGCCAGGCAUACUCCUGGUAAACACUGUAGCCUGCCUGCCUUACCCCCCAAACCAGGCCAGGGUGGAUGGGAGGCUUCUGUAUGAUAUGAAAUCGCUCUAUUCCCUAUAUAGUGCACUACCUUGACUCUAUAUAGUGCACUACUUUGAUCCUAUGUAUAGUGUAUGGGGAAUAGGGUGGUGGAUGUUGCAUUCUCUCUUUUCUGUUGUACCCAGCCUGGCUCGCCUUCAUCCUGUCAAACCGCCUUCCUGCUUCUUAGAAGAAGUCUUGUUGUGCUCUGAGUAUCUCUGAGAUAAGCCCUAAGGGACUUUUUUACUGGAAGCUGAAAGUGCCCACCACUUGACACUUGUAGCCGUCAUCGUGAUGAGUAAAAUAGGCCUAUAUUGAAGAAGGCUUGCAUGGUAUAGUUAGUAAGAGUACUGAGUGGGUACCUGAAUUAAACCCAACAAAACCACACGUUUUUGAUUAAAUAUAUAUGGUGUUAAUUUAGGCUCAAACAAAUAUGUUUAUUGAUACGUUUUACAAUACCCACUGGGCACACACUGGUUGAAUCAACAUUGUUUCAGUGAAAUUACGUGGAACCAAUGUGGAAUAGAUGUUGAAUUGACGUCUGUGCCCAGUGUGUAGCCACUUAUACAGUAGGUUUCCACUGGAGCACGUCUAAGGAGAAUGGAAAGCAAGCAGCACAGAAUUCUUUUUUCCCUCAUGAAUUCAUGGACUAAAGACAGUGAUUUACAUAAAGACUCCUUUAGGAUUCUAGUGAGGAUACUGUUCAUCAAAGCAUUUUUUUUUAUACAACAAAGACUAAUGAAAGUCCCCCAAAUGGAAGAUGGGCUGAAAUCUUUUUGUCAUAACAUUUUUUGUAAGAGAAUUGUCAAGGCCUUAUCCAAAAGCAGAAUUUUAUUUAAAACAUUUUAUUGUAUUUGCACUCAAAUAAUUAGAAGGUAGUUCCAAAGAAAUUUCUAUGGAGCGUUGCUUCUUUUCUCCAAGGCAGAAAUGAAGAUUCAUUUGAGAACAUCGAACCUGCAUAGCUUCUUUUUUUGCUAAAGGGAUGUUUUUUAUUGAUAGUUUUAAUCAUUGUCCUUUUAGUCGAUGUUCAUUUAAAUAUAAAUAAAAGCGUGUUUACUGUGCUGAACCAAGCGCUUAUAACAUAUACUUCUCUUAAUAAAAUGAAUGCCUUGAAAUAAAAAAAUGGUGUGGGAAGUUACUCCCAAGUAAGACUAAGUUGGCACUACUUAUAAGGUUAAGUUAUUUUUUAUCUGUUAUUCUUUGUGUUUUGUAAUAGAUACACCAACAUACAGUAUCUCUCUCCAAUGUUUGGUCAUUCAUGGCCUUAUUUAGACAAUUGAUUAUGUGGUGUCAAGGACAAAAACAAAUUAGUUCUCUAUACGAAGACAGACUCUCAGACAUACCUUAGUGCCACAUCUUGACAUUUUGUCCUGCAAAGCAUCUUUAAUGGUUUGUGUGCCUCAGAGUUGUUACAAAAACAAUGAAUGUGAUAUCAUUUGCUCAUUUGCUAGAUGUUAUCUUGUGUAAAUACUAGUAAUAGGCCUCAGGUCAGCCAUUUUCAAAUGUGAGCUUCCUGAAUUUAUCAUCUUUAAGAACUGAAUAAGGCAUGUAUUUGCUUCUUACCACAGUUUGAAUAGGUGAAAAGUGUAAAUGUUUGCUAUUGUUGAUUGGAUACAUAUUUUGAAACUUGACUCAAAUUGGGAGUCUUGUAUUUAAAUGUUGGCAGCUUUUUUGUAUCAUUUUACCCUGCCUCCUUAUCGCAAAGACAUCAAUUAAUUAUGAUUGUAUUUCUCAAUGUUUCAGUAGCACAUUGGUAAUAGCUCGUGAUUGAUGACAUAUGGUCCAUAGCCCUAACAGAUAAUUAUGUACCAAUGUUUUUCUAUUACUAUUCUUCUUUAAAUUAUACAGUACCAGUCAAAAGUUUG